GGAAAAGAAAAAAAAAAAGAACUAGCCAUCUGCCUUGGACCUCAAGUGGCUGAAGGAAAGAAUGUAUUUGGUGUCUACUGUAUCUUUACAUUCUUCAGUGAUACCUUUGUCCGUGUUAGCGAUGUGGACCAGAGGUGCAAGGAGCUGGGAGGGAUUGCCCUGCAUAGCAAACUCCAGACCGCAGGAGGAAACAGAACCAAGAGUCCUGGAUCUGGAGCCCAGUCAACCCUCAGCACUUUGACUUGUUCAGGGAUGUAAAGAUUGGGCAGGUUUCCCAUUCCUUGUGACAGCACUAGAAGAAAGGGGAUCAUCGUGGUCUGUGAACAGGACUUCUCAAAAUUAUUUUGUUAA